AUGCCGAGCGCUGAGGAGUCUGCCGCGCUGACGGCCGAGGACCGGGCUGAGGAACCUGGCGCCGACCCGCGGCUGCGGCUCCUGGGGGCCUACGUGGUCCGGAGCCUGCGGCCGGCGGCCGGCGCCUGGGAGCGCUGCGCCGGAACAGCUGAGGCGGAGCAGCUGCUCCAGGCCUUCCUGGGCCGCGAUGCGGCUGAGGCGCCGCGGCCUCUGCUGGUGGUGCGGCCGGGGCCCGGGGGCCUGGCGUUGCAACCUGGGCUGGACCCGGGGCCAGAGUCCGGCCUGCCUCGCGCUAAGGGACUUUUCUUCCUGCGCACCAGGCGCGAGCCGCCAGGGCCCGGCAGCCUCCGCGGCGCAGUGCUGUGCGGGGACCUGCCCGCGGCGCCGCUGGAGCACCUGGCCGCGCUGUUCUCUGAGAUCGUCAUACCCAUCCUGGCCAAUGAGAAGAACUGCCUAGACUGGCCUCCCAUGGUGUGUCAAGACGUCAGCCGGCAUGCCCACACCCUCCAGUGCGAUCUCCUGGUGAUCCUUGAGCAAGUGAAGGGGAAAACACUGCUGCCCCUUCCAGUAGGCUCAGAAAAAAUGGAGUCUGUGGAUUUUGAAAACGAGACAACCUUGGAUUCCAUAGAUAAGUCAGUCAUCUAUGCCAUAGAGUCUGCAGUGAUCAGAUGGAGCCACCAAGUCCAGGGGGUGCUCAAGAGAGAGUCUUCCCAGCCACUCCUGCAAGGGGAGAAUCCCACCCCUAAGGUGGAGUUGGAGUUCUGGAAGAGCAGGUCUGAGGAUCUGGAGUAUAUUGAUAAUCAGCUGAGAACGAUCAAGGUGCGGUGCAUGGCUGGGCUCCUGGUCAAGUUUCAGAGCAGCUACUUGCCAGCCUUCAAAGCCAUGUUCAGAGAUGUCACAGCAGCUCUAACUGAGGCACAGGACAUCCACACACACCUGCUGCCACUCCACCACCACUUGGAAGCCCUGGAGAGUGUGGAGUUUCCCAAGGUGAAGCUCCGGCUGCGGCCUCUGCUCCACGUGGUCUGUCUGAUCUGGGCCACAUGCAAGGGCUACCGCUCCCCAGGGAGGCUCACGGUGCUGCUCCAGGAGAUUUGCAACCUUCUCAUCCAGCAGGCCUCUACUUAUCUGAGUCCAGAAGACCUCCUGAGAAGUGAGGUAGAAGAAAGUCAGAGAAAACUUCAAGUCGUCUCGGACACCUUGACCUUCUUCAAGCAGGUGUUUCAGGACAGAAGGGAGAAUCUCCAUACUUACUUCAAAGAGAACCAGGAAGUCAAGGAGUGGGAUUUCCAGUCUUCUCUGGUCUUUGUGCGCUUGGACAGCUUCUUGGGACGACUGCACGUAGUAAUGGAUCUUCUGAAGACGGUCUUGGAUUUCCACAAACUGGAAAAGCUUGAGUUUAGUGGCAUCCGAGGGAAUGCCCUGAGUCAGCAGGUGCAGCAAAUGUACGAGGAAUUUCAAGAGAUGUACAAGGUCUUCUCAGAGUCCUCCUGUGACUUCUUGGACCCCCAAAGCAUGGAAUUUGAAACCGAUGUCUCUGAAUUUAACCAAAGAGUAGAAGACCUUGACCGAAGGCUGGGGACUAUCUUUAUUCAAGCUUUUGAUGACUCACCUGGAUUAGAGCAUGCCUUUAAGCUGCUAGACAUUGCAGGAAACCUCCUUGAGAGACCACUAGUAGCACAGGAUAUAUCUGAGAAAUACCUGGUCCUCAUUCGAAUGUUCAGCAAAGACCUGGAUGCAGUCAGGACCAUCUACAGUCAGCACACCCAGGAGGAGGCACAACUUGGGUUCUCCACCGUGCACAAGAACAUGCCUGCUGUGGCUGGGGGCCUCCGCUGGGCACAGGAGCUGAGGCAGCGCAUCCAGGGUCCCUUCGGCAACUUUGACCGCGUCUUACAUCCUUGCAUGGAAUCUGCUGAAGGCAAGCGAAUGAUACAAAAAUAUGAAGACACGCUCUUGUUACUGGACAAGUACGAGACAAGACUUUAUGAGGAUUGGUGUCAGACAGUGUCAGAGAAGUCUCAGUACAGUCUUUGCCAGCCACUUCUGAGACGUGAUCCAGAGACAAAGCUGAUCUCUGUCAACUUUAACCCACAGCUGACUUCAGUGCUGAAAGAAAUGAGCUAUCUGCAACCCCGACAGAUGAAGCACAUCCCAGAGAUGGCAGCAGCCAUGUUCUCCUCCAGGGAGUUCUAUCGGCAGCUCGUGGCUCAUUUGGAGUUGAUGGCCAAUUGGUACAACAAGGUUAUGAAGACCCUGCUAGAGGUUGAAUUUCCAUUAGUGGAGGGAGAGUUGCAAAAUAUUGAUCUCCGCCUGAGAGCUGCAGAAGAGACUGUAAACUGGAAAACAGAAGGUGUUUGGGAUUAUGUUAUUCAGAUUACCAGUAGCAUUCAUGAUCUUGAACAAAGAAUUCAGAAAACUAAAGACAAUGUGGAAGAGAUCCAAAACAUCAUGAAAACAUGGGUGACUCCAGUAUUUAAGAGAAAAGAUGGGAAAAGGGACUGUCUUCUUUCUCUCGAUGAUCAGCAUGAUCGAAUGGAAAAAUACUGCAAUCUCAUCAAAGAAUCUGGUUUUAAGAUUCAUACCCUUGUUCAGGAAAACCUGAGUUUGUUUUCAGCAGACCCAACCUCAGAUACCUGGAAUACUUACAUUAACUAUAUUGAUAAUAUGUUGCUGGAUGGAUUCUUUCUUGCCAUCGAGUGCUCCCUCAAAUACCUCCUGGAAAACACUGAAUGUAAGGCAGGACUCACCCCCAUAUUUGAAGCACAACUGAGCCUCGCCAUGCCAGAAUUAGUUUUCUGUCCACCUCUGGAGCCCGGCGUCAAGGGGGGCUUCCAUGACAUCAUCGAGGGUCUCCUCAGCAGCAUUUUUGGGAUCUCAUCUCUGGUGCCAAGACUUUCCCCACACCACGGCUCUCCGCACUACCAGGUGGACCUGGAGGGCAUGGCCGAUUUGGUGAGCAUGCGGAGCACCCUCAUGGAGCGGGUGCAGAGCGUGACGACCCUCUGCUGCGGCUAUCGGCACAGCUUCAGCCAGUACUCCUGCCUCUUCGUGGAGGACCGCAGAGAGACGCUGGGGCAGUUCCUGCUCUACGGCCACGUCCUCACGCCCGAGGAGCUGGAAGCCCAUGCCGAGGAGGGCAUCCCGGAGACUCCGCCCCUCCUCCCCCAGUUUAAAGCCCAAAUCGACUCCUACGAAAAGCUCUAUGAGGAGGUGUGUGGGCUGGAGCCGGUCAAGGUGAUUGACGGCUGGAUGAAGAUUGACGUGCGGCCCUUUAAAGCGUCCCUGCUGAAUGUGAUUAAGAGGUGGAGCCUCACGUUCAAACAGCACCUCGUUGAUCAUGUCACUAACAGCUUGGCCGACCUUGAAGAGUUCAUAAAAAAUAGUGAGAACGGCUUGCUCAAGAAAGUGGAAAAAGGAGAUCUCCAAGGACUGGUUGAGAUCAUGGGCCAUCUUGUGGCUCUUAAAGACCGACAGAGCAGCACUGAUGAAAUGUUUGAGCCCUUAAAGCAAACUAUUGAAUUGCUGAAGACCUAUGAGCAAGAAUUGCCAGGAACAGUGUUUAAUCAGCUGGAGGAGUUGCCUGAGAAAUGGAACAACAUAAAAAAGAUGGCCAUUACCGUGAGGCAGCAAGUGGCCCCACUGCAGGCGAAUGAAGUGGCCAUCCUCCGCCAGAGAUGCACAGCCUUUGACAUUGAACAGCAGCAGUUCUGGGAGCGAUUCCGCCAAGAAGCCCCCUUCAGAUUCGAUAGCAUCAACCCUCAUCAAAUGCUGGAUGCCAGGCACACGGAGAUCCAAGAGAUGGAAUCCAUCAUGGCCUCCAUUUCUGAGUCUGCUGGCCUGUUUGAGGUCAAUGUUCCUGACUACAAGCAGCUGAGGCAGUGCCGGAAGGAGGUCUGUCAGCUGAAGGAGCUCUGGGACACCAUUGGAAUGGUGACCUCCAGCAUCCAUGCCUGGCAGACCACCACGUGGCAGGAUAUCAACGUGGAGGCCAUGGACAUGGAGUGCAAAAGGUUUGCCCGGCACAUCCGGAACCUCGACAAGGAGGUCAGGGCCUGGGAUGCAUUCACAGGCCUGGAGAGCACCGUGUUGAACACCCUGACCUCCCUGAGGGCAGUGGCUGAGCUACAGAAUCCAGCCAUCCGGGAGCGGCACUGGAGGCAGCUGAUGCAGGCCACGGGCGUGAGCUUCUCCAUGGACAAGGACACGACCCUGGCACACCUCCUGCAGCUCCAACUGCACCACUUUGAAGAUGAGGUCCGGGACAUCGUUGACAAAGCUGUGAAAGAGAUGGGCAUGGAGAAGACCUUAAAGGAGCUGCAGACCACAUGGGCCGGCAUGGAAUUCCAGUACGAGCCCCACCCACGGACCAGCGUCCCCCUGCUGCGGUCUGAUGAGGAUCUCAUCGAGGUUCUAGAGGAUAACCAAGUCCAACUUCAGAACCUGAUCACAUCUAAAUACAUUGCCUUCUUCCUGGAGGAGGUGUCGGGCUGGCAGAAGAAGCUGUCCACCGCUGACGCUGUCAUCUCUCUCUGGUUUGAGGUGCAACGUACCUGGUCUCACCUGGAAAGUAUAUUUAUCGGCUCUGAAGAUAUCCGGGCUCAGCUGCCCCAGGAUUCUAAAAGAUUUGACGGUAUUGACAUGGAUUUUAAAGAGCUAGCUUAUGAUGCUCAGAAAACUCCAAAUGUAGUGGAAGCCACCAACCAAGCUGGCCUGUACGAAAAGCUGGAGGAUAUUCAGAGCAGAUUGUGCCUGUGUGAGAAGGCCCUGGCAGAGUACCUUGACACCAAAAGGCUGGCCUUCCCUCGGUUUUACUUUCUCUCCUCUUCGGAUCUGUUAGACAUCCUUUCCAAUGGCACAGAUCCACAGCAGGUUCAACGUCACCUUUCCAAACUCUUUGACAACAUGGCCAAGAUGAAAUUCCAGCUGGAUGCCAGUGAGAAACCAACCACAAUCAGUCUUGGCAUGUACAGCAAAGAAGAAGAGUAUGUGGCGUUCAGUGAGCCCUGUGAUUGCAGCGGGCAGGUAGAAAUCUGGCUGAACCACGUGCUUGCCCACAUGAAGGCAACUGUGAGGCACGAGAUGACGGAAGGCGUCACUGCCUAUGAGGAGAAGCUAAGGGAGCAGUGGCUUUUUGACUACCCAGCCCAGGUGGCCCUGACCUGCACUCAGAUCUGGUGGACGACAGAAGUGGGCAUUGCAUUUGCCAGGCUGGAAGAGGGCUAUGAGAACGCCAUGAAGGACUACUACAAGAAGCAAGUGGCCCAGCUCAAAACACUCAUCAGCAUGCUGAUUGGCCAGCUGUCCAAGGGGGACCGGCAGAAGAUCAUGACCAUAUGCACCAUCGAUGUGCAUGCUCGGGACGUCGUAGCCAAGAUGAUUGCUCAGAAGGUGGACAAUGCCCAGGCUUUUCUCUGGCUGUCCCAGUUACGCCACCGUUGGGAUGAUGAGACCAAACACUGCUUUGCCAACAUCUGUGAUGCCCAGUUUCUGUAUUCUUAUGAGUACCUGGGAAACACACCUCGCCUGGUGAUCACACCUUUGACUGACAGGUGCUAUAUCACUCUUACACAGUCUCUGCACCUGACCAUGAGUGGGGCUCCAUCGGGACCUGCAGGCACAGGCAAGACCGAGACCACCAAGGACCUGGGCCGAGCACUGGGCAUCAUGGUCUACGUGUUUAACUGCUCAGAACAGAUGGACUACAAGUCUUGUGGCAACAUCUACAAAGGCCUGGCUCAGACUGGUGCUUGGGGCUGUUUUGAUGAGUUCAAUCGAAUCUCCGUGGAGGUCUUGUCGGUGGUGGCAGUGCAGGUCAAAAGCAUCCAAGAUGCGAUUAGAGACAAGAAGCCACGGUUCAACUUCCUUGGGGAAGAGAUCAGCCUGGAUCCUUCCGUGGGCAUCUUCAUCACCAUGAACCCGGGCUACGCGGGCCGCACAGAGCUGCCAGAGAACCUCAAGGCACUUUUCAGGCCCUGUGCAAUGGUUGUUCCAGACUUUGAGUUGAUCUGUGAAAUCAUGCUGGUGGCAGAAGGAUUCAUCGAAGCCCGGGUAUUAGCCAGAAAGUUCAUCACCCUCUACAAGUUGUGCAAGGAGCUUCUCUCUAAACAGGAUCACUAUGACUGGGGCCUGAGGGCCAUCAAGUCAGUGCUGGUGGUGGCAGGGUCCCUGAAGAGAGGAGACCCUGACCGGCCUGAGGACCAAGUCCUGAUGCGCUCCUUGCGUGACUUCAAUGUCCCCAAGAUCGUGACCGACGACAUGCCUGUUUUCAUGGGACUGAUCGGGGACCUCUUUCCUGCCCUGGAUGUCCCCCGGCGGAGAGACCCCCAGUUCGAAGCUCUGGUGAGGAAGGCAGUGGUGGACCUGAAGCUCCAGGCUGAGGAGAACUUCGUACUCAAGGUGGUCCAGCUGGAGGAGCUGCUGGCAGUACGGCACUCUGUGUUCGUGGUGGGUGGCGCUGGCACUGGCAAGUCGCAGGUGCUGAGGUCGCUGCACAAGACCUAUCAAAUCAUGAAACGCCGCCCUGUCUGGACGGACCUGAACCCCAAAGCAGUCACAAAUGACGAGCUCUUCGGCAUCAUCAACCCAGCCACACGAGAAUGGAAAGAUGGACUGUUCUCAUGCAUCAUGCGCGAGCUUGCCAACCUCACCCACGAUGGAUCCAAGUGGAUUGUACUGGAUGGCGACAUAGACCCAAUGUGGAUUGAGUCUCUGAACACUGUCAUGGAUGACAAUAAGGUGCUGACCUUGGCAAGCAAUGAGAGGAUUCCUCUUAACCCCACAAUGAGACUCCUUUUUGAGAUCAGCCACCUGCGCACAGCCACUCCAGCCACAGUCUCCAGAGCAGGAAUCCUAUACAUCAACCCAGCAGACCUAGGAUGGAACGCCCCAGUGAGCAGCUGGAUCGACCAGAGGGAGAUCCAGACAGAGAGAGCUAACCUGACAAUCCUGUUUGACAAAUAUCUUCCCACCUGCUUGGACACACUCAGAACCAGAUUUAAGAAGAUCAUUCCAGUCCCAGAGCAGAGCAUGGUUCAGAUGGUGUGCUACCUUCUUGAGUGUCUCCUGACCAAGGAGGACAUCCCUGUGGACUGCCCCAAGGAAAUCUAUGAGCUCUAUUUUGUGUUUGCUGCCAUCUGGGCCUUUGGCGGAGCACUGGUCCAAGAUCAGCUUGUGGACUACCGGACAGAGUUCAGCAAAUGGUGGCUGACAGAGUUCAAGACAGUCAAGUUUCCUUCCCAGGGCACCGUCUUUGACUAUUACAUAGACCCAGAGACCAAGAAAUUCGAACCUUGGUCCAAGCUCAUCCCCCAGUUUGAAUUUGAUCCUGAGAUGCCUUUACAGGCCUGUUUGGUGCACACGAGUGAGACCAUCCGAGUGUGCUACUUCAUGGAGCGGCUCUUGGAGCGGCGGCGGCCAGUCAUGCUGGUGGGCACCGCGGGCAUGGGCAAGUCAGUGCUGGUGGGAGCCAAGCUGGCUGGCCUUGAUCCUGAGCACUACCUGGUGAAAAAUGUGCCGUUUAACUACUACACCACAUCAGCAAUGCUACAGGCUGUCCUGGAGAAGCCUCUAGAAAAGAAGGCUGGAAGAAACUAUGGCCCUCCAGGUAACAGGAAGCUUAUCUAUUUCAUUGAUGAUAUGAACAUGCCCGAGGUGGACACUUACGGGACCGUGCAGCCCCAUACCAUCAUCAGGCAGCAUCUGGACUACGGCCACUGGUAUGAUCGGAACAAGCUGUCCCUAAAGGAGAUCAUGAAUGUGCAGUAUGUUUCCUGUAUGAACCCAACUGCAGGGAGCUUCACCAUCAACCCACGGCUUCAGCGUCACUUCUGCGUGUUUGUGCUCUCCUUCCCGGGAGCAGAUGCCCUCUCCUCCAUCUACAGCACCCUCCUGACUCAGCACCUGCAGCUUGGAAACUUCCCAGCCCCCCUGCACAAGUCCAUCCCCCAGCUGGUCCACCUGGCCCUCACUCUCCACCAGAAAAUCGCCACCACAUUCCUGCCCACUGCGAUCAAAUUCCACUACAUCUUCAACCUCAGAGAUUUUGCCAACAUCUUCCAGGGCAUUCUUUUCUCCUCAGUGGAAUGUGUAAAAUCCACACGUGACCUAGUAAAGCUCUAUCUGCAUGAAUCCAAUCGGGUUUAUCGGGAUAAGAUGGUGGAAGAGAAGGACUUUGAUCUUUAUGAUAAAAUCCAGACAGAAGCACUUAAGAAAAUUUUUGAUGAUACUGAAGAGGUCAUGGAGCAGACCCAAAGCCUGAACGUGUAUUGCCACUUUGCAAGUGGAAUCGGUGAGCCCAAAUACAUGCCUGUCCAGUCCUGGGAACUUCUGACCCAAACCCUGGUGGAAGCCUUGGAGAACCACAACGAAGUCAACACAGUGAUGGACCUGGUUCUCUUUGAGGAUGCCGUGCACCACGUCUGUCACAUCAGUCGCAUCCUGGAGUCCCCGAGGGGAAAUGCGCUGCUGGUUGGCGUGGGUGGGAGCGGCAAGCAGAGCCUCACGAGGCUGGCAGCCUUCAUCAGCUCCAUAGAGGUCUUCCAGAUCACUCUGCGCAAGGGCUACCAGCUCCUCGACUUCAAAGUGGACCUGGCCAGCCUGUGCCUGAAAGCAGGGGUCAAGAACCAGAGCACAGUGUUUCUCAUGACUGACGCCCAGGUGGCCGAUGAGCGCUUCCUUGUGCUCAUCAACGACCUCUUGGCAUCUGGAGAGAUCCCAGAUCUUUACUCUGAUGAUGAAGUUGAAAGCAUCAUAAACAAUGUGAGAAAUGAAGUCAAGAGCCACGGUCUGGUUGACAACAGGGAGAACUGCUGGAAGUUCUUUAUAGACAGGGUCCGACGACAGCUGAAGGUGACCCUCUGUUUCUCGCCUGUGGGGGACAAGCUGAGGGUCCGCAGCAGGAAGUUCCCGGCCAUUGUGAACUGCACAGCCAUCGACUGGUUCCACGAGUGGCCUCAGCAGGCAUUGGAGUCUGUCAGCCUCCGCUUCUUGCAGAACACAGAGAGCAUUGAGCCUCCUGUCAAGCAGUCAAUUAGCAAAUUCAUGGCCUUUGUCCAUACAAGUGUCAACAGGAGGUCCCAGUCCUAUCUGAACAAUGAGCAGCGUUACAACUACACAACCCCCAAAUCCUUCCUGGAGUUCAUCCGACUCUACCAGAGCUUGUUGCGUAGGAAUGGAAAAGAGCUCAAGUCCAAAAUGGAGCGGCUUGAAAACGGGCUGCUGAAGCUCCACAGCACCUCCGCCCAGGUGGAUGACCUGAAAGCCAAGCUGGCCACCCAGGAAGUGGAGCUGAAGCAGAAGAAUGAAGAUGCAGACAAGCUGAUUCGGGUGGUAGGCGUGGAGACUGAUAAAGUGAGCAGGGAGAAGGCCGUUGCCGAUGAGGAGGAGCAGAGGGUGGCCCUCAUCAUGCAAGAGGUGAGGCAGAAGCAGAAGGACUGUGAGGAAGACCUGGCUAAAGCGGAGCCAGCACUCACAGCAGCCCAGGCAGCUCUCAACACCCUCAACAAGACCAACCUGACGGAGCUGAAGUCCUUCGGGUCCCCGCCUCUGGCCGUCAGCAAUGUCAGUGCUGCCGUAAUGGUGCUCAUGGCCCCCGCAGGCAAGGUGCCCAAGGACCGGAGCUGGAAGGCUGCAAAGGUCACCAUGGCCAAAGUAGAUAGCUUCCUGGACGCGCUCAUCAACUUUGACAAAGAGAACAUCCAUGAGAACUGCCUCAAGGCCAUCAGGCCCUACCUGCAAGACCCCGAGUUCAAUCCGGAGUUCGUGGCCACCAAGUCGUAUGCAGCCGCGGGCCUCUGCUCCUGGGUCAUAAACAUCGUGAGGUUCCACGAGGUGUUCUGUGACGUAGAACCCAAGCGCCAAGCACUGAACAAAGCCACCUUGGACCUCACAGCUGCCCAGGAGAAGCUGGCAGCCAUCAAAGCCAAGAUCUCCCACCUCAAUGAAAACCUGGCCAAGCUCACAGCCAAGUUUGAGAAAGCAACGGCAGACAAACUCAAGUGUCAGCAAGAAGCUGAGGCGACUGCAGGCACCAUCGCCCUGGCCAACCGCCUGGUCCGAGGACUGGCUUCAGAAAACGUGAGAUGGGCAGAAGCCGUGCAGAGCUUCAAACAGCAGGAAAGCACGUUGUGCGGAGACAUCUUACUGGUCACAGCUUUCAUUUCAUACCUCGGCUUCUUCUCAAAGAGAUACCGGCAGAGCCUCAUGGAUGAGACCUGGAGACCCCACCUGAGCCAGCUGAAGGUCCCCAUCCCAGUCACCCCCGGCCUGGAUCCCCUGAGGAUGCUGACAGAUGAUGCCGACGUGGCUGCGUGGCAGAAUGAGGGCCUCCCUGCUGACCGCAUGUCCAUGGAGAACGCCACCAUCCUCCUCAACUGUGAGCGUUGGCCGCUCCUGGUGGACCCGCAGCUGCAAGGCAUCAAGUGGAUCAAGAACAAAUACGGAGAAGACCUCCGGGUCACCCAGAUUGGCCAGAAAGGCUACCUCCAAGUCAUAGAGCAUGCCCUGGAGGCUGGAGACGUGGUGUUAAUUGAAAACCUCGAGGAGUCCAUCAAUCCUGUUCUGGGACCCCUGCUCGGGAGAGAAGUCAUUAAAAAAGGACGAUUCGUUAAAAUUGGAGACAAGGAGUGUGAAUAUAAUCCCAAAUUCCGGCUUAUCCUUCACACCAAGCUGGCCAAUCCUCACUACCAGCCUGAGCUGCAGGCUCAGGCCACUCUGAUCAACUUCACUGUGACCAGGGAUGGCCUGGAGGACCAGCUGCUGGCCGCCGUGGUCAGCAUGGAAAGGCCAGAUUUGGAGCAUCUGAAGUCAGAGCUCACAAAGCAGCAGAAUGGAUUCAAAAUCACCCUCAAAACAUUGGAAGACAACCUGCUCUCGCGCCUCUCCUCUGCAUCCGGGAACUUCCUGGGAGAGACGUCCUUGGUGGAGAAUCUAGAGAUCACCAAGCAGACUGCUGCAGAAGUUGAGACAAAGGUCCAAGAGGCCAAGGUGACUGAAGUGAAAAUCAAUGAGGCCCGAGAGCACUACCGGCCAGCAGCUGCCCGAGCCUCUCUUCUCUACUUCAUCAUGAAUGACCUCAGCAAGAUCCAUCCUAUGUACCAGUUCUCUCUCAAGGCCUUCAGUAUCGUCUUCCAGAAGGCUGUGGGGAGGGCUGCUCCCGAUGAGAACCUCAAGGAGCGAGUGAGCAACCUCAUAGACAGCAUAACCUUCUCUGUGUACCAGUAUACCACCCGUGGACUCUUCGAAUGUGAUAAGCUGACCUAUCUCACCCUGCUCACUUUUCAGAUUCUCCUUAUGAACAAGGAAGUCAACACAGCUGAGCUGGAUUUCCUGCUUCGAUCUCCAGUGCAGACAGGCAUCUCCAGCCCAGUGGAGUUCCUCUCAGAUCAGGCCUGGGGAGGCAUCAAGGCACUUUCAUCAAUGGAAGAAUUCGCUAAUCUGGAUCGGGACAUUGAGGGAUCUGCCAAGAGCUGGAAAAAGUUUGUGGAGUCCGAAUGUCCUGAGAAGGAGAAGUUCCCCCAGGAGUGGAAGAACAAGACAGCCCUGCAGCGACUCUGCAUGCUGAGGGCUCUGCGGCCUGACCGGAUGGCCUACGCCAUGCGAGAUUUUGUUGAAGAGAAGUUGGGAAGCAAAUACGUGGUAGGAAGGGCACUAGAUUUUGCAACCUCAUUUGAAGAAUCAGGACCAGCCACGCCCAUGUUUUUUAUCCUGUCGCCAGGGGUGGACCCACUGAAGGACGUGGAAAGUCAAGGAAGAAAACUUGGAUAUACUUUCAACAACCGGAACUUUCACAACGUGUCUCUGGGACAAGGACAGGAAGUGGUAGCUGAGGCUGCGCUGGACCUGGCUGCCAAGAAAGGUCACUGGGUCAUUUUGCAGAAUAUACACCUGGUAGCCAAGUGGCUCAGCACCCUGGAGAAGAAGCUGGAGGAGCACAGUGAGGACAGCCACCCCGAGUUCAGGGUCUUCAUGAGCGCAGAGCCUGCACCCUCCCCCGAGGGCCAUAUCAUCCCCCAGGGCAUCCUGGAGAACUCCAUCAAGAUCACCAAUGAGCCCCCUACGGGCAUGCAUGCCAACCUGCACAAAGCCUUGGACAACUUCACCCAGGACACCCUGGAGCUGUGCGCCCGCGAGACGGAGUUUAAGAGCAUCCUCUUUGCUCUUUGUUACUUCCACGCCGUGGUGGCAGAGAGACGAAAGUUUGGGCCUCAGGGGUGGAACCGGCCCUACCCCUUUAACACCGGGGACCUCACCAUCUCCGUCAACGUGCUCUACAACUUCCUGGAGGCCAACGCCAAGGUGCCCUACGAUGACUUGCGUUACCUCUUUGGUGAGAUCAUGUACGGAGGCCACAUUACGGACGACUGGGACAGGAGACUCUGCAGAACCUACCUGGAGGAAUUCAUUAAGCCAGAAAUGUUGGAAGGGGAGCUGUCUCUGGCGCCGGGGUUCCUGCUCCCCGGCAACAUGGACUACAGUGGGUACCAUCAGUACAUCGACGCCGAGCUGCCCCCGGAGUCGCCCUACCUCUACGGCCUCCACCCCAACGCAGAGAUCGGCUUCCUGACCCAGACCUCGGACAAGCUCUUCCGCACCGUGCUGGAGCUGCAGCCUCGGGACCGCCAGGCUGGGGAUGGAGCCGCAGGCACCCGGGAAGAACAGGUCAAGGGCCUUCUGGAAGAAAUCCUGGAGCGGAUGACGGACGAGUUUAGCAUCCCCGAGCUGAUGGCCAGAGUGGAGGAGCGCACUCCGUACAUCGCCGUCGCCUUCCAGGAGUGCGAGCGGAUGAACAGCCUCACCAGGGAGAUCCAGCGCUCGCUCCGGGAGCUGGACCUCGGCUUAAAGGGGGAGCUGACCAUGACCAGCGACAUGGAGAACUUGCAGAAUGCCCUGUAUCUAGAUGCAGUGCCAGAGGCCUGGGCCCGGCGGGCCUACCCUUCCACGGCGGGCCUGGCAGCCUGGUUCCCCGACCUCCUCCACCGGAUCAAGGAGCUGGAGGCUUGGACGGGCGACUUCGCAAUGCCCUCCACUGUGUGGCUCACGGGCUUCUUCAACCCCCAGUCCUUCCUCACCGCCAUCAUGCAGUCAAUGGCCCGCAAGAACGAGUGGCCGCUGGACCAGAUGGCCCUGCAAUGUGAUGUCACAAAGAAGAACAAGGAAGAGUUCAGGAGUCCUCCUCGGGAGGGGGCCUACAUCCAUGGCCUCUUCAUGGAGGGUGCCCGCUGGGACACACAGGCUGGGGUCAUCACGGAGGCAAAGCUGAAAGACCUAACGCCCCCCAUGCCUGUGAUGUUCCUCAGAGCCAUUCCUGCAGAUAAGCAGGAAUCCCGCAGCGUCUACCCCUGCCCUGUAUACAAGACGAGUCAGCGGGGACCCACCUACGUGUGGACAUUCAACCUGAAGACAAAGGAAAAUCCAUCCAAGUGGGUCCUGGCUGGUGUGGCCUUGCUUCUCCAGAUUUAG